AUGGAGAACCGGCCUGGGUCCUUCCAGUACGUCCCCGUGCAGCUGCAAGGGGGGGCGCCCUGGGGCUUCACCCUGAAGGGGGGUCUGGAGCACUGCGAGCCACUCACCGUGUCUAAGAUUGAAGAUGGAGGCAAGGCAGCCUUAUCUCAGAAGAUGAGGACUGGUGAUGAGCUGGUGAAUAUCAAUGGCACUCCAUUGUAUGGCUCCCGCCAAGAGGCCCUCAUCCUCAUAAAAGGCUCCUUCAGGAUACUCAAGCUGAUUGUCAGGAGGAGAAACGCCCCUGUCAAUAGACCGCACUCAUGGCAUGUGGCCAAGCUGCUGGAGCGAUGCCCUGACGUGGCCACCACCAUGCAUUUUCCUUCUGAAGCCUUCAGCUUGUCCUGGCAUUCAGGCUGCAACACAAGUGACGUGUGUGUGCAGUGGUGUCCACUCUCUCGGCACUGCAGCACUGAGAAAAGCAGCUCCAUUGGCAGCAUGGAGAGCCUGGAGCAACCAGGCCAAGCCACCUAUGAGGGCCACCUCUUGCCUAUUGACCAGAACGUGUACCCCAACCAGCGUGACUCAGCCUACAGCUCCUUCUCUGCCAGCUCAAAUGCCUCUGACUAUGCCCUUUCCCUCAGGCCAGAGGAGCCAGCCUCUACAGACAGCAUCAUGCAAGGCUCAGGGCCAACUAAGGCCCCCAGUGGCAGGCCUAAUGUGACUGAGACUUCAGGAGGUAGCCGGCGCACCAGUGGGGGCCACUUGGCUCCCAACUCCCAGAUGCCAUCUUGCCCACAGGAAGGUCAUCACUUGGGUCUUUCCAAGACUACCAAGGGCCCACCACAGCCUCCAGUGAGGCGGGACAGUCUUCAAGCUUCCAGAACCCAACUCCUUAAUGGAGAUCAGUGCAGGGCUACUGAGCCCAUAGACUCCUUGCAGCAAAAGGAGAAAGCAACUCUAGAAGAUGUGCUCUCCCCAAGGAAUCCUAAUAGUUUUUGCUGUCUCAGUCGGCCAGACCAAGUGACAAAUGAAGGCCAUCUGAACUGUGAACUCAGCCAACCUCCUGAAUCCAGCCAUAAGGUUUCUGAGCAUCUAAUGAUGGAAGCCUCGACUGCAGCUGUUGGAUUCCCCAAAGUAUAUGACCAAACUUCCAGCCUGGACUCCAGUCCAAUCAACAGGGCUUCAGCUGAACUAGCCAAGGCUUCUUUCAGCAGCCUUCCACAUCUCACAGGAGCAACAGGGCAUCGCCACAGUGCCCCAGAGCAGCUACUGGCAACCCACUUGCAGCGAGUACAUCUUGAUUCCCAGGACAGCAAGGGGAUGGAGCUCUCAGCUGCACAGGAUGUGCAUGAGUGGACUCUUUCUCCUUUACAUAGCAGCCACACAGGGAACAAAAGUCCCUGUCCCCCUGAGGAGCAGUUCAUCAACGAGCGAAAGACAAGAGCAGUGGAUGAUAGUUCUUUGGAUUCAGGACGACAGAGCCCAAGCAGUUCCACACAGGGAGAGGUAUAUGGGCACCCUUUGGACAAAGAUUUACAGGAUCAAAACAGAGUAAGCAGAGGAGGCAGUCAAUUGACUAAGCAGCAGCCCUCUGCAUCUGGCUCCCUUGUUCAACAAAUGAUGGAUUGUUCUUCAACCACUAAAGUAGCUGGCAGCAGAGAGACCAUUGAAAAGGAGGACAAUGAACCCAAGGAGUGUGGUCGAAUAGGGGGUAAGCGGGGCCGCUCAAUCCAAAACCGGCGGAAAAGUGAGCGAUUUGCAACCAAUCUGCGUAAUGAAAUUCAGAGACGGAAGGCCCAGCUCCAGAAAAGCAAGAGUCCCUUGCUUUGUGACAGUAAGGAGUCAGUAGAAGAGACUGAGGAGCCACUAGAAGGUCCUCCACUUUCUGCCUCUAAAUCAUCCUUCUUAUCAUCAUGUAAAAAAUCACUUAGCCCUAGAGACAAGACGUUCAACAAGAACAUGAUACUCAGGACUAUGUCUUCAGAGUGCCUCAGCCAAUCACCUGAGAGCCCUGAAUCAAGGAUGAAUUUGGAGGAGCGAAUAAGCCCCUGCCAGAGACCUAGCCAGACCUCAUUGGGUUUGAAUACUCGUUGGAAAGCAUCUGAAAUGUCUUUCUCUGACUCAGAAAAAGUAAAUGAUCACCAGAAAAUUCUUGAAAGUCAUUGGAGAUGGUCUUCAGAGCGCAGUCUUCAGCCACAUACCCCUUCCAUGGCACUCACCAUGGAAGGCCCUGCCAGCCCAGGUGACAAGGAACUGAAGGCUUCUACUGCCCAAACUGUGGAGGAAGCCAUCCUCAUGCCUUUUGCAGACAGAAGGAAGUUUUUUGAAGAAAGCAGCAAAUCCUUAUCUACAUCUCACUUGCCAGAGUUAACCACGCAUAGCAACAAGACUUUUGCCCAGAGACCAAAACAUAUGGACCAAAACUUCCAGCCAAUGAGUGUGAGCUAUAGGGAAUUAAGGCACUUCCCCAUGGACCAAUCAUAUCAUCCCAAAGACCAACCUUAUCAUACUGCAGAACAGUACCAUUCCAUGUCACCCCUUCAGUCAGAAACUCCCACUUACUCAGAAUGUUUUGCCACAAAAGGACAAGAACAAACCAUGUGUUGUAAGCCACUACACUGUGGUGAUUUUGAUUGCCACAGGACCUGUUCUUACUCCUGCAGUGCCCAAGGAGCUGUAAUCCAUGAUUCUUGCAUUUAUUGUUCUGGAGAAAUCUGCCCCGCUUUGAGAAAGAGAAAUGUGCCAAAUUGCUACAACUGCCGGUGCCACCACCACCAAUGUAUCCAAUGUUCAGCUUGGUAUCAUAAUGCCCAGCACAGUACCCUGAAGGAUGACAGCCUUGUACCUGGAAACACUUGGAAAUCCAGGAAACCAACAGUGCAGGAAUUUCCUGGGGACAAAUGGAAACCAAUAACAGGAAACAGGAAGACCAGCCAGUCAGGGAGGGAAAUGGCUCAUUCCAAGGCUAACUUUUUAUGGGCAACCCCCUUCCAUCCUUGCCUUGCACUAGACUUGUCAGGCUGCAGAGCAGUUUCUUCUCUUGACCUCCACGAAGACUUCAAGAACUCCUCAACAAGAACUGAAGGAACUUCCGUUUAUGAGGAGGGGAAUUCAGUGACCCCCAUUCCUCGACCAUUGCGCAGCCGUGCCUUCUCUGAGAGCCAAAUCAGCUUGGAUCCCCUGAGUUCUCAUGCCUGGGCUCAGCGUCAGAGAGAACUUUUUACCAAAGUUGAUGAAAAGCAACCAGGGCCUCAGGGAACGAAAAAGAAGGCCUUUCCUCCCCCUCGCCCUCCUCCUCCAAAUUGGGAGAAGUACAGGCUUUUCCGUGCAGCCCAACAGCAGCAGCAACAGAAGCAGCAGCAGCAGCAGCAGCAGCAGCAGCAGCAGCAGCAGCAGCAACAACAACAACAACAACAACAGCACCCACAAGAGAAGAUAGAAGUGGAGGAGGAGGAAGAAAUGGUAGAGGAUGAGCAGGAAGAAGAGCAAGAGGAGGAAGUGGCAGAAGAGGAGGAGGAGGGAGAAGAGCUGCCACCUCAGUAUUUCAAUUCUGAAACUGCAGGUUCCUGUGCCCAUAAUCCUGAGGAAGUUCAGGAACAACCACCACCCCUGAGUUUUGGACACCUGGAAGUCUCAAGGCAUGCCUCCCCAGGCCUCCCAGCAGAACAAGAAUCUUGUGCUUUACGUUGCAGCAAUUCCUCACCUCCAAUAAGGGGCCAUUUGGGACCUCAAACUGAGAAGGCUCAUGCCCCUCGCUAUUACGGCAUCAGUGGACAUUGGAGAACCUCAGAACAGGAAGCUACUAAGACUCCCACACCAGAAGCAUUGAGGGAAGAAGAGCCCAAACCCAAGUCAACAUGGAGCCAGAGCUACUUCCUUCCUGAGGAACAGUUCUCUUUCAUGGGCUGGGGUUCCAAGAAGCAGUACCCCAGCCCUGCAUACUACAGUGAACCCAAGAUAACAGGACAAGAAUUUCAGCACUUCUCACCCCCUCGUGGGGCACCAGGAAUCCCUACCUCUUACUCAGCAUAUUACAAUAUUUCUGUGGCCAAGGCAGAGCUGCUAAACAAGUUGAAGGACCAACCUGAAAUGGCAGAAAUCAGCCCAGAAGAGGAAGAAGUCGACCAUGAACUAGCUCAGAAAAAGAUACAGCUUAUUGAAAGCAUUGGCAAAAAACUCUCUGUCCUUCGAGAGGCCCAGCGAGGGCUGCUGGAGGACAUCAAUGCCAAUUCAGCUCUUGGAGAGGAGGUGGAGGCCAAUCUAAAAGCUGUCUGCAAAUCUAAUGAGUUUGAAAAAUACCGCUUGUUUAUUGGAGACCUGGACAAAGUGGUCAACCUGUUGCUGUCCCUCUCUGGACGACUGGCCCGGGUAGAGAACGCUCUCAACAGCAUUGAUUCCGAGGCCAACCAGGAAAAGUUGGUGCUGAUAGAGAAGAAGCAACAGCUCACAGGGCAGUUGGCAGAUGCCAAAGAGCUCAAGGAACAUGUGGACCGCCGGGAGAAAUUGGUAUUUGGCAUGGUUUCCCGCUACCUGCCUCAAGACCAGCUCCAAGAUUACCAGCACUUUGUGAAAAUGAAAUCUGCUCUCAUCAUUGAACAGAGAAAGUUGGAAGAGAAGAUCAAGCUCGGGGAAGAGCAGCUCAAAUGUCUCAGGGAGAGCCUACUCCUGGGACCCAGUAAUUUCUAAUCCUACCAGAAUUCAGCUACACUAUCCUUGCCCAGCCACAACAGGGAGUGCUUUCAACAUUGCUUGAAUUUUGCUUCAGGUAGAUAGCUAUUAAUUAUCAGCCAUUACAUUUCCUCUAACAUGGAUAUCUCUCACUACCUAGCAGUGCUCCAAGACAUCCAAAAGACACUGGGGGGAUACUAAGCUUCUACUCUAGCAGCACAAGCAAGAUUCAGAAGCUGUGGCAAGAUAUGUUCAUAGAGCCACAGCCACAGCUUCUAUUCCCACAAUUUGCAUGGGCAAGGCACUGUCAACACACAGAAUCACCAAGUGCCUUCACUCUUAUUUAUACUAGGACCACAAAGACCUCUUUUGCUCACCAUCUACUCACAUCACAGCUUCUCAAAGCUCAGAAAAAUGUUGCCAGGUAACUCCACUCUGCCCCAAGGCUCCUGUCCCAACCAUUUUUCACAGACAUUUAGCUAUCUUGGAGACAUUCAGCUAUACCUGUUUCCAGGCCCUCACCCAAGCUUUGCAGUGGAAAGCAGAGAAGGAGGAAUUAUGUUUAAAAGAAUGUGAGUAAAGUUUGUAAAGCCCCAGAUGCCCUGUUGGAAGCAAAAUUUUGACAUCCCACCUCUUUCCCCAACAUCUUCUUGAAGGUUAAGAGGACUGUCAGUCCAGACUAAUGUGUUCUUCCUCUUGUAUGAGAGCAUUGGGCUUACCACUUUCUGUUUCAUUUACUUUUUAUUGCUGGGGAUUAGAGAUACCUACCCAAGGACUUCAUACUGUAGACCAGUAAUAAUAGCUCUAAUAAAGCAAACUUCUGGGUAAAUGUUUAAUUAUGUAGGGAGAAAGUAGGAUUCUUAUUUUUACAUUGCCGAUGACCUUUAAAUAUUUUUUGCUUUAAAUUUUUAACUAAAACAAUGGCAAGAAGAUGGCAAUUGGAGUUGUAGAUAUAAUUCAGAAGGAAACCAGUUUCUACUAAUCAGCCAAAUUUUUUUUGCCAUAUAAACAAGUGCUGAGGUCUUGAAUUUUCCCACAAAGACAAGUAUCUAAGAAAGGAGUCUUUACCUUGAACUUAGCACUUCUCUGCUAUGGACUGAUCAUAUAAUUCCCUUUAUGUCUGGAUCGCCUUCAGUAUUCAGGAUUCUUUUUUUUUCACUUGAAACCAAAGGCAACUGAAACUGAAAAAGUUUCACCAAUUUCUUUAUCAUCUCAUAUGUGAGGAAUGGGUAGAGGUGAGCUCAGGAAAAUUUCCUCCAUCAAAUCAUUUUCUCUCUAACAAUUGCAUGCUUCGUGUCCUGGAUAAGGGAAAAAACCUCAUGGAAACUAGAAGCUCUUAUGAGAACCACACACCUAGAGCAAACUGUUACUUUGCCAGAGUCUUAGGCACACAAACCAAUCAAUGCUGCUGCUGUUGCCAAGACUCUGGUACCAGUAGCCAGUUUUUAUCUUGGAGAAGUCCUCAGGUGGGUGAUGGCAAGAAAGGAGUUAUAAGCAAACUCUGCUCAUUUUCCAGCUCAAUUUCUUAUUCCUUUCUUUGGGGUCCAUGCUUAGUAUUGCCUAUCCCAUUCCAGCCUGCCUUGGCAUCUCUUCUAGUUACUGCAGAGUUCUUGGGGAAAGGGAGGAAGCCCUUGGAAUUUAACUCUAGCAGCAAGGGUGCUUCAUUCAAGUAAAGAAUUUGCCAAAGAACUUUUCUGCUGCUACAGAUACUGCCUUCAGCUUCCGUUUCCUCUUCAUUGUGUUUGGAAACAAUGGAGGAACCUUGGCCAGCAGGGUGUCCUGAGGGAGACCCUGGAUAUGCUCUUGGUACAUUGCCUACUGUCAGAAGCACUGUUAAAAUAUCAACCUACCAUACCCUCUCAAGUGGAGAAUUCUACUUUAUGUAGGAAAACUGAUGGCUUGUAAAGGUCUAGGCUUACCCAAGCCAAAUGUAAGGAAGGUUAGGGAGUAAUUUGAAUAGAUGCUAUAUGGUUGUCAUUGCCAUCUUUUUCUUUUGAAACUGGAUCUAGGACAAUGAGCAAGUUAAGAUCUCCUGUUAGAAAGAUAAAACUGCUGUAGUUGAUCAUUCUAAGAUUUCGGGAGCUAGAAAUGAUUUGGAGGAAGCAUAAGUCCAAAGAAAAUAACGGUCUCUUAGUUGGAAGCCAUGCUCAUAGUCUGAACUUUUCUUAUCAGCUUUAGUCUGGUUGAAUCUCGUUUAUCACUAAAAUUUCUUCAUUUCACCUCAGAUUAUUCUAUAGUAAGGGAUUAGAACACAGGAAUGUUAAUUUUCUUAAGGAGGAAUAGUAUUCAAAGCACUUAAUAAAAUUAUCCCAAAACCACAUUGAGUAGUGAAAAUUUGCAGAUGUAGGCAAACUGCUAACUAGGCACUGAUAUGGCCUUAUGAGUGAGAGUGUCAUAAAGCAGUCAAAGUUACUUAAGAUGCAAUAUCUCUUCUCCGUUUUCAUCUCUUACACUCAUCCUUACUCCAACAUUUGCCUAGGGUGGCAGUUUGGGAGGCAAAUCAAGAGAUUUUCUCUGAGAACAUUUACUGAUUUUGAAUUCUGCCCUUUCAAAUGAAACACUCAGACAGGCUCCAUUAGGCAAAUAGCACUGUGGUAGGCAUAUAAAAAGGAAUAAGUGAAGGAAUCACUAUCAUGUGUUCCUUCUUACUACCCACCAGAGUUCUGAAUGAUGAGUCUCCUUAGGUUUCACUAGCUUAGACUCAUGUAGGGUAUAAUUGUAAAUGCUCAAAGGGAAUCUAAGAGGAAGACAGACACUAUAAAUAAGCCCUGGAAAGUGAGAGAAUAUAAUCAGAGGGACAGAGAGGGUGAAUAGUUGAAAAGUUGAACCUGGUUGUCAACAGGUUGAGAUUUUCCAACCUGUUUCCCUAACCUGUUUCCAUUCCAUUUUCCAUUUAACCUCGUGUGCAUAAAAGCUGCUCAAGGACACCAGAGCCACAGCCUUAACCCCAGCAUUCCAGGAGGGCUGUGCUGCAUAUUACAGUCCCCAGAUAUAAGAAACUGGGCACGUCUGGCCAAUUUCGUUCAUCUGAAGUUCUCUAACUCCCAACUGCCUUUUCCUAAGGAGUUAUCUAUGCCAAUAAUAUUUCUAUAAUAGUGUAUUAUAUUCUUUGACGAGUAGUAGAUCAUUAGAGGGGGCGGGGUGGGGGACAGUUUCUAUAGAUAAGGAACCAGUGUUUGUUGUACAGCUAUUGGGGACCAUCUAUCCCACAUGAAGUUAUUCUGUUUCUGGAUCUUAUUGUUUCUGAUUUUGUGUCCUCCACCACUCCCUUCUUGGCUGACAUUGAUAUGCCUGCCAGAUUGUCACCAAGGGCCAGACUUUAAUAAAAGGUGCUAAGGACAAAAUACGUAAUAUAUUGAAUAUGUUUUGACUGAGGUGAUAGAAUUUCCCUGAUAGUCUACUGAAAAUUAUUGGAAAUGAAUUUAUUUAUCUGUAGUACAUCAUAGCCAUAUGACCAUAGCCUUAUCUCCAAAUUUUUACCCCGGCCCCUUAGGCAGAGACAUUCAUGCUACACCUUUCAUUGUUCCAAGUAAAAUAAUAUUAGCAUAAGGAAGAAUAAAAAUAAUGUAUACUCUCAGAUAUCUCAGCAGUAAACUGUUUUUCUGUAAAAGCAGUAAACAGUAAACAGUAAACAGCAGUAAACAUUUCCCUGCCUAAAUAAAUUCAGCAAGGUUUCAGGAUAGAAGAUGAAUAUAAAAGCCACUUGUAUUUAUAAAUCCUAACAAUGAACAAACUGAAAAAAAAAACUGGAGAGCUUAUCAGAGAAAAGCCACUUUCUAGAACCCCUCAAAUCUCGAGUUUGAUCUUCUCGAAUUUUCUUACCUCUCCUUAAUAGUCUGUUUUUAUACCUUCAGAUUUAGAAAUCUAUAAAGCAGGUCCUAGAUGAUCAGUCCUCCAAGAUGAUCUCAAGGGUUAGAUUUGAAUGCACUCCAUGCUGCUUCCCUUAUCCUGAAAAAUCUUCCUUCUUUUCAAUCCAUAUGUUAUUAAUGUCCAAUCUGAUCUCCUAUUUUAAAUAUCAAGUGCAGAAGUGUGGAAAGAGCUCAAAUAUGACAUUAGAAUGAUCUGUGUUAAAAUUUGAUCCUAUUAUUUUAUGGUUAUCUGAUUACCUGCUUAAGUUUUGAAUAUAGUAUGUAAAAUGAAAACAAUAACAUAUAUCUUAAAGAGUUGCUGUGACACAAGAAAGAAGCAGAGAAUCACUCUCUAUUGAGAAGUGAUUAGAAAGGCAUAAUCCAAGGCCCCGUUCCAAAUCACAGACAAAAAGCUCUUACCUAUUUUUCAAGGAGCCUCUAGAUUAAGGAGCACUGAAUUUUCACAAAUAUGCUAAGUACUUGAUGAAUAUUAUUUUUCUCCUUGUUUACUCAACUCAUUUAUUGCUAAUCCUAGAUAUUUGUGCUCUUUACAUGAAGGCACAUUUCCCUGCCUAAAUAAAUUCAGCAAAGUUUCAGGAUAGAAGAUGAAUAUAAAAGCCACUUGUAUUUAUAAAUCCUAACAAUGAACAAACUGAAAACAAAAGAAUGAUUUCAUUUUUAAUAUCAGAAAUAAUAAAAUACUUAGGAAUAAAUUUAUCAAAAGUGUAAGAAUUAUACAAUGAAAAUUAUAAAACACUGUUGAGAAUACUAAAGGAGAUCUAAGUCAAUGCAAAAAUAACCUAUGUUCAUUGACUGAAAGAUUAAAAUUGUUAAGAUGACAAAAUUUAUCAAAUAUUUGUAUAGAUUUAAUGCAGUUCUUAGGAGAAUCUAGCUUUUGGCUUCUUUACAUAAUUGAAAAGUCAAACAUAAUAUAUUAGUUUAAAGGGAUCUGGAAUAAUCAAAUUAAUAUUAAACAAGAGCAAAGUUGGAACCAUCAUAUUCUCUAUUUAAAAUUUUACAAUGCUGAAAUAUCUUAGACAGUGUAUUGCACUUACAAAGACAUAUAAAUAAGUGGAAGAAAAAAAUAAAUAAGUGGAAGAGUAAUGGGAGUACAGAAAUAAACCUUCACAUUUAUGGUCAAUUAACUUUCAAUAAGCAUGCCAAUUUUGUAUUGUGCCAAGACAAUACAAUUAAAAUCAUUUUUCAACAAAUGGUGCUAGGACAACUGGAUAUGCACAUAGAAAAUAUUGAAAUUGAUUUUCUUUCUUAAACCGCACACAAAAAUUGAAAUGAACUAUGGAACUGAAUGUGAGUAACAGAGAAGAGUAACAGACAAGCAAGUGAGAUACAUGUUCAAAGGAGAACGCAGGCUUGAAGAGUAAAUGUACCUGAGGCUUUAAGGAAGGUGGUGCUGAAAGUGCGGUACUUGGCAGAAUAGAGUGUGGAAGGUAGGAGAUACUGCUGCUGCCUAGAUAAAAGAAGUUUGACUUACUACCACAUAAAUUACAGGCCAGGCAUGGGGAAGAGCAAGAUUUUGGGGACACACAGUUCUCUAGAUGCCAGUAGAACCCAGAGAAAAGAAGGGUAUAUUCCACUCAGCUUCAUGUUCUAAGUCCUAUAGCUGAUCUUCAAAUGCCUGCAAUUUUUUCAGGCAUCCAUAGCACUCCCUAGUCUCCUGGCCUGGUUAUCAAUGCUAAGCCUCUCCAGCUGCAAGAGUCUAAGCCUAAACUCCCGCCUCACCGCUCAGACUAUCAGAGGGGGAUUUCUAUCUGGACUUAGAGGGAUGCAGUUUUUAGGAUACCAGGGAGCUCAUUCACAGAAUAAAAGGCUCCAUUUGACUGCCUAAGAUGGGAAACAGUAGCUGGAUAAAACUCCCAGCAACUUUAGCAGAUACAGGGGUAGCAGAGUAGCUCUUCUUCCCCUAACCUCGUCCUCCCGAAUGGUGAGAGUAUCAUUGGUAAACCAGUUCAGCUGUAAGACACUCAGGUUACCUGCCUUGUAACUCAUUCUUGGCUGAGAACUGACAGGCUGCUAAAAUUUCUCCUUCUGUAAAAAUCCAGGUAAAUCUAUCUCUAGAGGAAGCUGUGAGGCAGAAGAAAGCUAUGCUGGGUCUUAUGGAAGGAUUUGGGAUCACAAUCAUUGAGCUUAGAGAACAAGUCCUGUUCACUAGAGGAGAAGGUACAGUGAGGAAUUUUAUACCCAGGGUGACCCUCCCCACUAGGGCAGAAUAGCUCCUCUUAAACCUCACAUACUUAAAGUCUGAAAAACAACAACACAUCAGACAAAGAGCUCCUGCUACUGGAAAAACAAAGUAAGUGCCAAAAAGGUUAAAUUCAGUAACAACGAAUGACAAAAUUUUCCAGAAUUCAAUCUUAACAUUGAAAUGCAGAGUCUUCACAAUAAAUUAUAAAUAACUUAUAAAGAAAACCAAUGAGAUACACAGAAAGCAUAAUAAGCAGAAAGACAUAAGAAAACAAAUCCAGGACAGAGGAAGUUCUUGACCAAAGAGAUUGAAGCUACUUAAAUUAUUUUAGUUUUUGGUUUGGGCCUUUACUCCACAGUGCUCAGGGCUUAUGCCUUCCUCUGCCCUCAGGGACCAUUCUUGGUCAGGCUCAGGGAACCAUAUGGGAAACUGGAAAACAAUCCCUUUGGCUGUGUGCAAGGCAAGCACCUUACCUGCUCUGGCCAAGAAGCUAUUAAAAUAUUCUAACAGAUGCUGAAUAUUAAAAACACACUGAAUAAAAUGAAACCUCCAUGGGAAGCCUAAUAAACGUGCUCAGUCUUACAGAGGAAGGAACAAAUAGCAUUUAAAAUAAAAUUUCAAUAAUUGCACAAAUGGAAGAGGAAAGAGAAACAAGAUUUAGAAAAACAUUAGAGAAAUCACACAUUCAUUUAGAAGUAAUAUUAAGAUAAUAAGAAGAUAAACACAGGUAGAAAAGGGAAUAGAGUGCCUACUCAAAGAAGUGAUAACUGAGAAUUUCCCAAACCUAAGAAAAAAACUAACUGCAGAUAUCCGAGAAGCUGUUACAGCAUCUAAAUUUAUAAAUUAAAAAAAUAUUCCACCAACAUGUUCAAUGUCCGUUCCCCUAUCCGACUUACGUCCUGUUCUCAUCAUCUUAACUCCCUCCCCACUUGGUUUCUUUCCUUGCCUGUCCUCAGAUAUAUAAUCUAGGGACUAGGGUAAUCUAUAUAUCCCCCCUUUGAUGCCUUUCAUUCUUUGCCCUAUUAUUCUAAAUACCAAAGAUAAGUGCAAACAUCCAAUUUUGUCUUUCUUCUGACUUAAUUCACUUAAUAUGAUAUCCUCUCAGACACACUGGUAGUUGUAGAGGUGUGGUAUCUUGUCCACAAAACCAGCAAAACUGGAAGCAUGAUGUCCAAAGUUCAACAACAAAACUUAGAAAUGUGCCUGUCAAAGAGGCAAGGGGGGUGGGAGGGAAACUGGGCACAUCGGUGAGGGAAAUUGACACUUAUAAUGG